AUGUUAUUCUCUCAGACAGCAGCUUUGCUUCGCUUUGAUAGCGGCAAUAAGAACGGGGUGCUAUUAAAACGCUAUCGACGAAACGCUCCGCUGAAAGAUUUCAUUUUCGAGUCCGACGACGACAAUUUCCCUCGAAGCGGAUUAGUUGGUGCACUCUGCGUGAAAAUCAGCGACGUGAACUCGCGUCGAGAAAAGAAGUGCUCUUCUAGCGGAGCGGAGGAACCGGGAGCCGGUCCUGAAUCAGCUCGUUCAUCCGUCCGUCCCUCAUCCUCUCCAUCAGUAUAG